GUCAAACUUGUUGCUCUCGACCUCCACAGCUACAAUUUUUAGGCUCAUAUCUUCGCUCGAAUGGCUGACAACGUCUACGAAGCUUGCGCAGAUGUUCUAUCUCUCUUCCAAUCAAUGCAAGAUGACUUGGCCGCCAUCCUCGACCCCGAAACAGGAUUUGCGCCUCAGCUAAGAGCAAUCUGUCGGAAUCUAAUAGCGGAGUACGAGGAGCAGACUCCCGAGCCCUCAGCUGGCAGUACAGUGGACUUCUUGCGGUUAGAGGAGAAUACGUGGGGAUUGCUGCAAGCUGUCAUGCCCGCCCGAAAGACAGAAUAUCCCCCAUUUGACUCUGCACGCGAUUUGCUGCGCGAAAAUCCCUACACGCCGACGUCGACGGUCGCACAGGCUAUCAUGAACGCUUCACCACUCCUUUCUGAACUAAUUGUCAUACGCGAAUGGCUACAAGAGACUGCGCCGGCACCACAACAUCCUGAAGCCACUACCGGGUACUGGACAUUCACGAAGCACAAUGUGGUUCAAGCCACUCGAACUGCUGCCGGGGGUAGAAGCGGUCUUGUUAAGGAGAUGGAUCCAGAUGCUGUCAAUCGAGGAGACGGAAGAGCUUUGGCCUCGGAUGAUGCGAACUUUGAAAAAAAUCUCACUCAAACGCUGUACUCAUUUGUUCGAGCAGGGCGGUUGGAAGAGGCCAUUGAGUUGUGUCGAAAAGCGCACCAACCGUGGAGAGCGGCUAGUAUACGUGGCUCGCGACUGUUUCAGUGGCGUCUACUAUCGCAUGAAACAGCUGGUGAUGAGUCUGAUGACGAUGACCCUGAUAUGUGGGUAGGAAAUCGCAAUCGCAGGUUGUGGAAAACGACAUGUACAAGAGCUGCCCUCAACACCAACUUGCCGGAACACGAAAGGGUACUCUAUGCCGCUCUUGCGCCUUCGCCACAGACGUUCAGUGUACUGAAAUCAGCGUGUCGCACAUGGGAGGAUUAUCUAUGGGCGCAUGUCAGUAUUAUGUGUGAGGAGAAGGAGUCGAUGGAGAUGAACAAAAUCGGUGGAUGUUUUUGGGAGGGUGGGAAGGCUGCGGUAGAGAAAGGUGUUACAUGGAUUGCCGAAGACAAGCAGGAAGAGGAGGAGGAGGAGUGGCAGAAGGAGGUUUUUCAGGUGCUGGAAGGUCUGCGAACUGUUCCUGUGGAAGAUGGACCCAAUGCGGACCAUCCCUUACAUUUCUCCCAGCUGCACAUAAUACUUGAUCGGACUAGCGUGCUUUUGACUACUUUCUCUGAUGGUCUAACACAAGGCUUGUACCAGAGAUCGUCUUUGGAAUAUGCACCAAUGUGCCGAUUUUUCGCUCAUCUCUGUCUCUUCUUGCAAAUGAUCGAAAUUGCUGUCCCGCCUGCUGCUGUACAGACAAUUUUGGAGGCAUACCUCCAGGUUCUUGAGGCUGCCGGCCAAAGAGAUCUCAUCGCGAUGUACGCGGGUGCUUUGGGAGAGAACGCUAUCAACAGAUAUGCAGUCUUCCUCGUCUCACUGGAGCUGACUGCAGAUCCUGCUGAGAGACGGCAAGCCUUGGCACGGGCCCGGGAACACGGACUCGAUGUGGAUCGAGUAGCGGUUGCUACCGCUGAGCAGACUAUCGUCAAGGCCUUCGAUCUUCUACCUCCUCUAAAGGGAUCACUACCUUCGCUCGCUACUUUGCAGACAUCGCCCACUGAUGCGGAGCUGCUAUUGCUGAGGUCGAUUGAGUGGACAACGUUCAUGGAAUCGACAUAUGAUACAGCUCUGGAGCAAGCGAACGUGAUCCUACGUUAUUUCUUGGCGUCCGGAAGAGUACAAGUUGCACAACAGCUCCUUGGGAUGUUGCCCUUGGAUUUGGCAUCAAUCAAUGAACCGGAGGAGCAAGCCACGGAGUACAUGUACUACCGGCAGUUCUUUGUGAUAUGGGAGGCGCUGGAGAGGGUAGUCGAGAUCCAAGCUAUGGAGGUGUUGCAAAUGAGUAAGGAGACGAGAAAUGAUUGGCUGGAGGAUUACAAGUCGUCGAUCAACCAAGCAAAGUUUCUCAUUGUGAAGCUAUUAACUUCCGAAUGGCUUGUGUCAGAAACCGAUCCGUCGAACGCAGACCAACGGACGAAGGAUCUCGUACGGAUUCGCCAGAUAUAUAUUCCUGAGCUGAUCAUACGACUGCAUUAUCUGUUAUUCAAUUCACGGCAGUUUUUCCCUGAGAAUAUGAAACAAACGCUGGAGCUCGUCAACAUUGUUGCUGAUUCACGAUACAAGCUGUACAGUGACUUCGCUAAUGACGAUGGGCGGCGGUUGGGCGACUAUUUGGCCGCGGUACGGCAAGGUGUACUGGGUGGACUAGAGGGUGGGGGUUCGGAUCCAUUUAUGGUAUUGACGAUCUGACAGUUCGGCUCUUAUACACCUUCUAUGAUCCAAUGCAGAUUCUGUGGCUGACAGUCCACCGCCGCUCUUUCCGAAGAAUGAGGAAACGUAACUGUCUUGAGAAAUCGUCUGGACAGGUGCUAUACCGGUCUCCCCCGAUAUCUAUUCAAAUCCUUC